CUAUGAGUUACUAUUUGAGACAAGAUGGAGAUUGAUUGGUCUGGAGCCAUGUGGCGAUGUGGUACUUUGUGGUGCUGAGCGUGUGGGGAAGAAGAGAAGAAGAAGAAGAAGAAGAAGCUGAUGAUGAUGAUGCAUGUUUGUAUGUAUUUCUAUGUAGGCACAUGCCCGGUGCACGCUGGAAAGAGCCCAUCAAGGAUAGGAUAUAGUCAGAUGCUUCAUAUAAUCUUGCUAUCAUUGUAGCAGGAAUAUACCAGCACCCAAUACUGCUGGUCAGCUUCUAUACAAAACAGAGCAUUACAUACAUGUAUGCAUGUGUCUGUCUAUCCUCAUCAAAGACAACUCCCCCGCUCUCGUCAUUGAUUCUCCUCAACUGCCCGUCACAUGAUGGAUGGCUUCGUACUUUCCAGAAACACGUGCGUGGGGGGAAAAGCUCCGACUUGGGUUCCCUCGCUCCGGCAGUUGAAAGAGCAGCUACUGGCAGAUUCUCAGCAACACGGCGUCGAGACAUUGAAGACAAGCAUCCAACACCACCACGUCCUGCCAAGUGCUGGCCAACGCGCGAAUCCAAACAGUCGACGUGGUGUCUUCGUGCUUCAUUUAUACGACGCAGCUCCUCCCCUGCCUUCACCGCGCAGCAAAGUCCGAAGCCGAUCCAGCGUCUCACGCAACAAUUGAACGACCGGAGAAUAAGCCGAAGCCGACCAUCAAAAAGCGCGGCUCUCGGCGAGCUCAAUUCGGACAAGCGCCAAUGCAACCCCCAUUCUCCAUAUUUUGCAUCGUUCAAGCCGGCAGUGGCUGUUGGCGAUUGCGAUCUCGCGUGCGAUUCUGUCGUAGGAUGAUGCGCCGACUCUUUUGACUCCAAUUGCGCCGACGUCUUGCCGCGGUUGAGAAUCCAGCAGAAAGAAGACGGUGAGUGAAUAGGGGAAAGGAUAGGAUAGGAUAGGAAAAAGAAAGAGAAAGAGAAAGAGACGAAAAAGGGACGCCCGCUAUGCUUUGCUUUGUGUUUUCCCCCAAUCGGAUACCCAGUUUGUUGGUUGGUUUUUCUGGCCUCAAUGAGACUUUUCAAGCCCUCUCACGUUGGCUUGUUGAUGUCUGACAUGGCCGCGCGGAUCGUCUUAGUGAUGAGAUUGUUCGUCGGGGUGUUUGAAGUAGCAAUUGGCUGACUAGAUG